CCCGCCGCCUGGCUCACGGGGCCGCGACCUGAGACCGUGGCCUCCGAGAGUCGAUCAGUAGUAGGGCAGGAGAGCGCCAGAGGCCAGCGGCUCUGGACCGAGCAACUUUAGUCGUGGGGACGGGCGGCAGAACGGAAUGGGGCUUGGGAGAGGCCGGUCAGAGUGACAGACUGGGGGCGUGGCCUGUGAGACCCGGAAGCGGCGAGGCGUGAGUGGGCCUGCCCGGCCAUGGGCGACUAGCGGUAUCCCAGGAACCCAACGCUCCGACCCGUGGGCCAGCAGGUCCAAGCGUGCGGCCGAGCGUCUCGGGGGCGGUGGCGCGGGCAGGCCAUGCCUGGGGACUCCCCGUCGCUGUGGGAACUGGUGGAAGAGCACGUUCCGCUCCCGGAGCGGCCCGAAGUGAAGAGGAUUCUAGGGGAGACGACGGUGGAUCUGAGCCUGGAGCUACGGGCAGAGGUGGGGCGUAAGAAGGUGGUGAUGUUACGAUCAUUGCUCCAAGAGGCUCGAUCUAUCCAAUCCCCUGGAUCUCGCCCCACCUCUGACCUCUCCUCCCUUCUGGCACCACCGCCCCUUGUAAGAGAUCUCGUGCGCCAGGAACUGCGGCAGCUCCUCCAAGGUCUCCGCCGGAAGGCCAUCUGUGAGGGCAGGGACCAGACCCAGGCUUGGGUCCAGUAUAGUCCCAGGGUCCUGCGCUUUGCCUUGGAGGAGCCCAGGCGUGAUUUGCCAGAACAGGAGAUGUUCCAGAUGAGAGCUGGUGAACCCAGCAGCUGUCCCCGGGACCUCAGUGUCAUCAAGGACCAGCUGAACGUGUCCUACAUUGACCAGGUUGCUGGACACCUGCGGGCCCUCCUGGAGGAAGAGUGCCGCGCGCUGGAGAGGGAGAUUCCCAUCCUGCAGCGCUGCCUGGAAGACGAAUAUACAGGGGCCCCUCGACCCUCUGAGGCAAGCCUAGAGCCCACCCUGGCAGAGCUAAAGGAACAGAAGGCAGCCAUGCAACAGGAGCUGCAGGCACCCCUGAGGCCGUCCUGUGUCUCCCCCAGCCACAGGCCACAGCCCUUGGGGUCCUCCAGCCAGGGCCCUGGACCCCUGUCUUGCCUCCACAGGGCUGCUGGAGUUUGGGCCAGGCCUCUCCAGUGCUGCCUGCCUGCUCCUCCUCUGGAGCGCUGCCCCAAACCUCGCAGCCUGGCCUCCACCUGCCGCUGGGGACGGAAGAUUCAGUUCAGCCCUGGGAAAAGGCCAGCUUCUACUCCGAUGUCUAGUGCAGUGACCCAGGCCCCAACCUGAAGGGCUGCUCAGGAAGGAGGCUUCAGCUUCGGUUGGCACGCGUCCUGUCUACUACUGCCCCCUUUCAGCUGCCAGGGCCCAGCCCACUUCAGAUCUAGUCUAGGAUGAGCCCUCCCCAGGAUUCCACUGCUGUCUGUCUGUCUGUCUGGCCCUCUACCUUCUCGCCAGGUCCUCAGUGUCCGGUCCUGACUGUCACAGCCUCUGGCCUUUCUCCUCCCAGGUACCCCCCGACCAAAGGCCUGGCAGGAGGAGGUCUUGCCCCAGCCCUGACUCAUGUCCCCCUGGAGGACCCAGACAAAGCACAGCAGCAGCUCAGAGACAGGAAUAGAAAUUUCAUUAAAACCU